UGUCACACCUUUUUUUUGGUCAAAAUGAUAAGAUACAAAGUCGAAGAGUGCUGUCCGAUUCUUUUGGUCAUAGCCAUCACUUUGUUGGCCCUUCUGCAGUGGGGAAUUCGUUUCACAAUUAAGCCCAAAAUAUCAAGCACACCGAAAAAUGCAAUAAAAAGUGGAGUAAGCAACGGAGGGAGGAAAGGCGUGUCCGCUGCCCAGCACGACCACAACAACAACAACAAAAUGGGGAAUUCGCAAAAUCGGUCGGCGAACACCGAUGAAAAGUCACCGCCAGGUGGCGCCAGUCUGGUGCGGAUGGGCGUCGCAGGGGGCGGCGGCGGAGUGGGCGUGGCCCUGGCCGAAAGGCGGAACAGUCGAGUUCGCGUCCUCAGCCGCUUGAUGGGUCAGAAGCGCAUUCGCGAGGCAUUCCUACACUCGCCGAAAAUGGGAUCGAGUUUGGAGGUCAAUUUGGAGGGCGGCGGCGACGGAAGUAGCGAUUGGACCGCAGCGGAAGCGGAAGUGGAGCAUGGACAAUUGGAUGCCAGUGCCGAAACCAUCGAUUUUCACGACGUGGUCAGUUUGGAUUACACCGAUUCGCUAGAAUACCACAAUUGCAGCAGCGAUGAUUGUUGCUAUGCCUCCAACGACACCCUAACUCAGCAUCAAAAUUUGGGAACGCAGCAGCAACAGCGACAGAGGCAACUUCAUCAUCAUCCGAAUCAUAAUAAUCAUAAUACCAACCAUCAAAAUAAUCGCCAUUAUCCGUACGAUCGGAGAUCGUUGUGCACAAGUUGUUCAAGCAAUGAUUCCCUAUUCACAGAUCCCGUCGACGAACUGAUCAUAAACAAGCACUAUUUAAAUGCAGCUAAAACGGAAAUAGAUCAAAAAUCGAAGCGCGAUCGUCCACUGAGCGAAAUAAGCGUGACUUCGGUGGACACACUAUCGCCGAAUACGGCAAAGGCAGUUCUUGAGCUGCAGAAACGCUGUCGAGCCGAUAAAUUGGCCUGCCUGAGCUUAACCCGAGUCACCUACCUCAGCAUCGCAGCCAAUGAUCUGCAGGAAGUCGAUCCGGAUCAGGAUCAGGAUCAGGCGGAUCAGGCAGCUAUAUUGCUCAAUACCGAUCUUCUGGUAGCACCCAAUAGCCCGGCGGAAAGUUCGCCGGACGAGGAACUAAUGGCCCUGCAAUUGGGCAAAAAGUUGGCUCAGGUUUUGGGCAGUGGAACGGGUACUCCUUUAUCGCCGGCAAAUAUGGAGGGAUCCGGAGGUACCAGGGUUGAUUCGCCCUUGGGAAAUGGGGAACUUUUCAAUGUCUCCAAGGCAAAAAAGGUCGAGCUACAGAACCUAUCCUCCCGAUUCACAGCCGCCGUCAGUCAAACACCGCCAGGUGUUUCAUCAUUAUCAACACCAAACGAAACAGGAGCUACAGGACUUUCGGGACCUUCGUCGUCGUCUCUGGAAACGCAAUCAACUGUUAUAAUUUCGUUUAAAUCAUCUCAAACACCUGUGCAGUCUCAAACGAAUUCUGCAGCAGCAUCAGCCUGUGAAAAUGUUGAGGAUGACACGGCGCCCCUGCCACUCCCACCGCCGCCCCCCGGCUUCGGCACGCCCACCACGCCCCUUUUGUCGAGCAAUGUGCUAAAGAAGGUCGCCAGCUUCACGGUCGAGAAAUCUUCGGCUGGCAAUAAUAGCUCCAAUCCCCCGAAUUUGGUCCACCCCGCCAAUGAUGAGACCACCCUGUUGGCCACUCCAAUCUCCUCAUCGCUGCUGGUGGCAACCCUGCCACCAGACAUCACCGGGGGCGUGGUCGGAGGAGGUGGAGCCAGUUCGCGACGCGGCUCAUCUUAUGUACCGGAAAAGUUAAGCUUCGCUGCAUAUGAAAAGUUCGAAGGUCAAAUGCUGGUGAAAUGGCUAGUCUCAACGAUGCAAAGCAACCCGAAGAGUUCCAUCAGCGACACAAAUCAGGAGCUAUUCAAUUCUCUGGUGAUGCAAUUCUGCAAUAAUCUCAAAUAUGUCGGCGUCCUCAAGCAGAUCUCCAAUGAGCACUUGGAUUGCGGAUUUAGCCCGUAUGAGAUGUAUCAGUGGACGCACACGGAGCAGCCGACUACAUCCUUACCAUUGACUCCCGGAAAACUGGACAGAGUGACGGCUUGGCCAUUUUCCAGCACACCGUCGGGAGUUCGAGCGUUGGAAUCGGCAUCCCUGGCUUCCCUGGGCACAGGUGCUAUUGGUGGAUCGCUGGCCACCAUUGCCACUGCAUCCACGGCAACCUCGGACAAUCAGAAGACCCUGCAACAGAUCCUCAAGAAGCGUCUGCUGAACUGCACCACUUUGGCCGAGGUUCAUGCGGUGGUCAAUGAACUGCUGAGCAGUGUGGAUGAGCCACCGCGACGUCCCUCGAAGAGAUGUGUGAAUCUCACCGAUCUGCUUAAUGCCAGUGAGGCUACAGUUUAUGAAUACAAUAAAUCGGGAUUGGAGGCGGCGGGUUUGAAGAGUUUCGCGGAUGUGGAAACUCAAACGGAAGAGGAGGAUUGCGAAGGUGCCUGCAAAUGCGGGCAAACCUCGAAGGAAAAUCCACAGGAAAUUGAGGAAAAUAAGGAAAAGUCACAGGGACCACCUCCACCUCCUCCACCGCCUCCUCCGCCGCCACCUGCUUUUGGAAUCCCUGCUUCUACUACUGCUCCUCCACCACCGCCUCCUCCGCCUCCUCCUCCUUUGGCCAAUUAUGGAGCACCACCUCCGCCGCCACCCCCUCCACCCGGCAGUGGCAAUGCCCCGCCCCCGCCUCCACCCGCGCCCUUGGAAGUGGGCGGGGCAAUACCUCCUCCACCACCGCCCAUGAGUGCAUCCCCCUCAAAGACGCCGAUCUCACCCGCACCGCUUCCCGAUCCCGCCGAAGGCAAUUGGUUCCAUCGCACAAAUACGAUGCGCAAGAGCGCCGUUAACCCGCCGAAGCCGAUGCGUCCUUUAUAUUGGACGCGGAUCGUGACGAGUGCCGCCCCGCCUGCGCCACGCCCCCCCUCAGUAGCAAAUUCCACGGAUAGUACGGAAAACAGUGGCAGUUCACCGGACGAACCGCCGGCUUCUAGCGGAGGAGGAGAGGCCACGCCCACAGCUGCCCCACCGCCCACCAAGGAAAUCUGGACGGAGAUCGAGGAGACACCUCUCGAUAAUAUCGAUGAGUUUACGGAGCUAUUUUCCCGCCAAGCAAUGGCACCCGUUAGCAAACCCAAGGAACUGAAGGUCAAGAGGGCGAAAUCGAUCAAAGUUUUGGAUCCUGAGAGAUCCCGAAAUGUGGGGAUUAUCUGGAGGAGCCUGCAUGUCCCGUCCAGCGAAAUCGAGCAUGCCAUCUACCAUAUAGACACAUCGGUGGUCAGUUUGGAGGCCCUGCAGCACAUGAGCAACAUCCAGGCGUCGGAGGAUGAACUGCAGCGGAUUAGGGAGGCAGCUGGCGGCGAAAUACCCCUCGAUCAUCCCGAGCAGUUCCUCCUCGAUAUAUCCUUGAUUUCCAUGGCCAGCGAGAGAAUCUCGUGCAUUGUCUUCCAGGCGGAAUUCGAGGAGUCCGUCACGCUGUUAGUUCGAAAAUUGGAGACAGUAUCGCAACUUUCACAGCAGCUGAUCGAAAGUGAGGAUCUGAAGCUGGUCUUCUCGAUAAUCCUAACGCUGGGCAACUAUAUGAACGGGGGCAAUCGACAGCGCGGACAGGCCGAUGGCUUCAAUCUGGAUAUUCUGGGCAAGCUGAAGGAUGUCAAGUCCAAGGAAUCGCACACCACCCUGCUGCACUUCAUCGUUCGCACCUAUAUUGCGCAGCGGCGGAAGGAGGGAGUGCAUCCCCUGGAGAUCCGAUUGCCCAUCCCAGAACCGGCGGAUGUGGAGAGAGCCGCCCAAAUGGAUUUCGAGGAGGUGCAGCAGCAGAUCUUCGAUCUCAACAAGAAGUUUUUGGGUUGCAAAAGGACCACCGCCAAGGUUCUGGCCGCUUCCCGUCCGGAAAUCAUGGAGCCCUUCAAGUCCAAAAUGGAGGAGUUCAUGGAGGGGGCGGACAAAUCGAUGGCGAAGCUCCACCAGUCGCUCGACGAGUGUCGCGAGUUGUUCCUGGAGACAAUGCGAUUCUAUCACUUUUCGCCCAAGGCCCGCUCUUUAACGUUGGCCCAGUGUACACCCGAUCAGUUUUUCGAGUACUGGACAAAUUUCACCAAUGAUUUCAAGGACAUUUGGAAGAAGGAGGUCACCAGUCUCUUGAACGAAUUGAUGAAGAAAUCGAAGCAGGCCCAAAUAGAGUCCCGUCGCAACGUCUCCACCAAGGUGGAAAAGUCCGGACGGAUUUCUCUCAAGGAGCGCAUGCUUUUGAGGCGCGGCAAAAACUAGUUAGUUAACGUAGGCUCUAAGCAACGCGAUAGCAUUAUAUUUUUUAUUUCUAGUUGCUUUUUAUUAUUACACUAUUGCUAAGAAAAAUUCUCGUUACUUGGAUUCAUUCUCCACUAAUUGUUAAGUUACAAAAUUGUAUAAAAACUUUAAACGCAGGCGUGGCUCUAAAAAUAAAAUGUCAUCUUGCUAUUGUGAUCGUA